AGGGAGGGAGGGAGGGAGGAGGGACGAGCGGGUUCCCCCCCCCGCGUCGCCCGCGUCCCGCGCGGCGGCGGCGGGACCGCGCCGUGCCCGCGCCCAUGCCCGUGCCCGCGCCCCGGGCCGGGACCCGGCCCCGCGCGCUGAUUGCGUUAUUUAAUUAUCUCCACUUUAUUCCCUCAGAUGUUUAUCAGCUACUUUGCAUAUCACGUGGGGGCGGGCGGGCCAAUGAGGGCCGGACUGGCGCGACGCUGGCGCGUCAGCCCUGGUCAAGUCCCGGAGAUUGAGUAUCUCUUUUUUCAGUCUUUGGGGCUUUUAAAAAAGAGCCACUAGUCUCAAUGCGGAGCGGGCUAUGACAGCCUCCGUGCUCCUCCACCCCCGCUGGAUCGAGCCCGUCAUGUUCCUCUACGACAACAGCCUGGAUGAGAUCAAUAAGAACAUGGACGGAUUUCACGCCGGCAGCAACUUCGCGGCGGCGGCGGCGGCCAACCCCUGCCGCAACCUGAUGGCUCACCCCGCGCCCCUGGCCGCCCCCAGCGCCGCCGCCUACACCUCCAGCGAGGCCCCCGCAGCCGGCAUGGCCGAGCCCGCUGUCAAGCAGUGCAGCCCCUGCUCGGCCGCCGUGCAGAGCUCCUCCGGGGCCGCGCUGCCCUACGGCUACUUCGGCAGCGGCUACUACCCCUGUCGCAUGACCCAUCACAACGCCAUCAAGUCCUGCGCCCAGCCCGCCUCCACCUUCGCCGACAAGUAUAUGGACACCUCGGUCUCCGGCGAGGAGUUCACGUCGCGGGCCAAGGAGUUCGCCUUCUACCAGGGUUACGCCGCCGGGCCCUAUCAGCCGGUGCCCGGUUAUCUGGAUAUGCCCGUGGUGCCGGCCAUCGGCGGCCCCGGGGAGCCGCGCCACGACCCCCUGCUCCCCAUGGACAGCUACCAGCCUUGGGCCAUCACCAACGGGUGGAACGGCCAAGUGUACUGUCCCAAGGAACAGAGCCAGCCGCCUCACCUCUGGAAAUCCACCCUCCCGGACGUCGUUUCUCAUCCCUCGGAUGCGAACUCGUACAGACGUGGAAGAAAGAAACGAGUGCCUUACACAAAGGUCCAGUUAAAAGAACUCGAAAGGGAAUAUGCUACAAAUAAAUUCAUUACCAAAGACAAACGGAGGAGGAUUUCGGCGACUACAAAUCUAUCAGAGAGACAGGUCACAAUCUGGUUCCAAAACAGAAGGGUCAAAGAGAAAAAAGUGAUCAACAAAUUGAAGACUACCAGUUAACGGAUUAAAAAUGGAGAAGCAGUAAUUCAAGAGUUUCAGAACU